GGCCAUGGGUGGACUACUUGUUCUGAAUUUUGAUGCCCAUGGGUUUUAAAAGGUUGCUGACCCCUGCUGGCCAUAGACAAAAGGAGCAAACCUCCAGAGGCAGGGGAGAGGGAGAACAAAGUACAUGUAACAGCUGUCAAUCGUGCCUCUGGGACCCUACCGUCCCCUCAGUGCUUGCUCCUAGCACAGACUCCACUGCGGAGCAUCCACAGGCGCUGCGAGCGGAGAGUUAUAAACUCCGUUUCGCCGGCCGGAAUGUGCGGGCUGGCGCUGGAGCGCUGCUGAGGGUGGAGCUGGCGAUGCAGUGGGGCGCAGUUACCCUGCUCUUGUUUUGCGGCUGCAGAGGCGAGAUGCUCCAAAUGCAGCAGGCGCUCGAACGGGGCGGCGACGGGCGCAGCACGUGACGCGGGAACGGAGCAGAGCGGGCAGCCUUGGUAAGUUACAGUCAGUUCGGAACCGCGGCUUCUGCCCCUGGGCUCUAUCCAUCUUCUGUCGCCUCCCGCACCAGCUCGGGAGAAGACACGCCCCCUGACCACCCGCCUCUUUCCCAGUUGCAGCUGGAAAACUACACUACCCAGCAUGCAUUUCUGCCACAGGCAUGCGUACAAGCCAUUGUGACUCUGUUAACUGGUAACCUCUGCUCUCAAGCAAACCUGAAGACAGCGGCAUUUCGAAGCUGCGCCCUCCUUUCAUCAUCAGUGACAAUCCUGCCAGCCAAUCCUCGGGGAGAAUCUCAGCUGCCGUCAAAUCACCGUCCAGAAUGGAACAGUGUUUUGUAAGGCAUCUACAACACAGCUAGAUCAUUAUGAAUUCUGAGCUGGUUCCAAAAUAUACUACAGAUUGUGGUUUUAUGUUACAAGAAUGAAAACCUUAGUCUCUUUUUGUCUGCCCCAGAAUUCAUUGGCCCCAACUGAGCAGCCUCCGGUUAAAUGGAAUCCACCUCUGGGAGCUGGUUGAUCUCUAGUGACAUAGACUCUUCAUAGCGGUUCCACCACAUCUGGAGAUUGCAAUGAGUGGGGGAGGGGAGCAGCCAGACAUCCUCAGUGUGGGAAUCUUAGUCAAAGAAAGAUGGAAAGUGUUGAGAAAGAUAGGAGGUGGGGGGUUUGGAGAAAUAUAUGAUGCUCUGGACUUGCUCACCCGGGAAAACGUUGCACUAAAGGUUGAGUCAGCACAGCAACCGAAGCAAGUCCUGAAAAUGGAAGUGGCUGUGUUGAAGAAACUGCAAGGAUUGUCAAGUGACAUGGAAUUCAGAAAAGUCCCAGGGGCAUGGAAAUACUCUCCUUUGUUGUCAGGGAAAGACCAUGUCUGUAGAUUCAUUGGCUGCGGACGGAAUGACAGAUUUAACUACGUGGUAAUGCAGCUGCAGGGUCGGAAUUUGGCAGAUCUGCGUCGGAGCCAGUCUCGAGGGACUUUCACCAUCAGUACUACCCUGCGCCUGGGAAAGCAGAUUCUUGAGUCCAUUGAGAGCAUUCACUCUGUGGGAUUCCUGCACAGAGACAUUAAACCAUCGAACUUUGCUAUGGGACGUUUCCCUAGCACCUGUAGAAAGUGUUACAUGCUGGAUUUUGGCUUGGCACGACAGUUUACAAACUCAUGUGGGGAUGUCAGACCGCCUCGAGCUGUUGCGGGUUUUCGAGGAACAGUACGAUAUGCAUCAGUCAAUGCUCACAGAAACAGGGAAAUGGGAAGGCAUGAUGACCUCUGGUCCCUAUUUUAUAUGUUGGUAGAGUUUGUGGUUGGACAGCUACCUUGGAGAAAAAUAAAAGACAAGGAGCAAGUGGGCUCCAUAAAAGAGAGGUAUGACCACAGGCUUAUGCUGAAACAUCUCCCCCAAGAAUUCAACAUUUUUCUAGAUCAUAUCUCCAACUUAGAUUAUUUUACAAAACCUGAUUACCAGCUUCUCAUGUCUGUGUUUGACAACAGCAUGAAAACUUCUGGAGUCAUUGAAAGUGACCCUUUUGACUGGGAGAAGAGUGGAACUGAUGGCUCUCUUACAACAACAACAACGUCAACCACGCCUCAGUUACAUACUCGCCUGACCCCUGCUGCAAUUGGAAUAGCCAAUGCCACACCUAUCCCAGGAGAUUUGCUGCGAGAGAACACGGAUGAGGUGUUUCCAGAUGAGCAGCUCAGUGAUGGGGAGAAUGGUAUCCCUAUUGGAGUCUCACCAGAGAAACUACCAGGAUCUUCUGGGCAUCAACGUCCUCAGGAAAAAGAUGUCUGGGAGGAGAUGGAUGCCAACAGAAACAAAAUAAAGCUGGGGCUCUGUAAGGCUUCUACUGAGGAGGAAAACAGCCAUGGACCAGUGAAUGGAAUUCUUAAUGCACCAAGCCUUGGUUCUCCGGUUCGAGUCCGCUCAGAAACCACCCAGCCAGACAGAGAUGUCCCACUGAUGCGAAAGUUACGUGCAAUCCACAGCUUUGAACUGGAGAAACGCCUGACCUUGGAAUCAAAGCCAGACACUGAUAAAUUUCUUGAGACCUGCUUGCAGAAGAUGCAGAAAGAUUCACGUGCUGGGAAAGAAUCUGCUGUUGCUGCUCCUCCUCCUUCUCUUCCUCAGAAAAUAUCUGUUCCUGCUCUGGCUGCCCGCACUGACCAUGUCUGGCAUUAUGAUGAAGAAUAUCUCCCUGAUGCUUCUAAGCCUACUUCAGCCAGUUCUCCAGAACAGGUUGAUGGCAUUGUUAGUAAUGGAUUUGUGGCUGUCAAUUUAAGCUCCUGCCGGCAGGAGGUUGAUUCCAAGGAAUGGGUGAUAGUAGAUAAGGAACGGGACUUGAAAGAUUUCAGGACCAAUGGGGCUUUAGUACAUAAAACAACUGGAAGUCCCUCAGAUGAGGAGCCUGAGGAGCUACAGGUCCUAGAAGAAUCCCCCCAAGAGGAACAUCUAAGACUGGGUACUUGGGCAGAAAACAAUGUCCAUGCUAAGAAUGAAGCCUCAGGUGUGGGGUUAGAUCUAGCUAUUGAUCAUGCUACUGCUGCUUCCGAAAGAUUUACAGAUAAAUUAGAAUUCAUGGCUGGAGCUGCUGGCCAGUUUCUUGCAGCCACACCUUCAAGUCCAAUGGAGGCCCAAGCUGAAGGAGCCCUUACUCUGCUCAACUCAUCUCAUAUGCUGCAUUUCUCCACUCCGAGAAUUUCAAGUCCCUUCCUCUGCACCCUGAGCCAUAUAGCCCAUCUGUCUUCCCACUUGGACCCUAAGAAAGAGGCUGGGUUACCCAGGAGUCAAUCAGCAGAGAGCCAUUCCUCCUCUUCCUGUUCAACUGGCCGUAGACAACUUCCUGUCAUUCCCAGUGGCAACAAGUUUCCCCCUGUCAUUCGCAUCUCAAAAGCACAACUCCAACAGAUAACAAUACCAAGACCAUCAGUGGCCUCCACCCAAUCUGCCUCAGAGAGCUUUCAUUAUGGUUACCAGCUAGAGAAGAGAGACAGAGACACACAUGCUUUGGAACACAAUGUGGAAUUUUCCUCCCCUAAGGAGAAUUUGCCUGGAUUGGUAGAGACAGAGGAUGCACUUCCCCCUGCUUCCAGCAGAACAGAUUUGGUACUUCAGUUAAAUCAUGAGGCAUUUGAGAGGGAAGAACACAUCAAAGAAUGUGUUAGACUCAUGAGCUGUGGCCAAAAGGACCUACUGGAACAAUGUAGCAGUAGGGAGGAAGAAAAAGAACCUGAAAAUCUCCCUAUAGAAACUGAAGACAGAAUACUUCCAGGGGUUUGUGAGGAUGCCAUAGAAAUGUCUCACAAGAGGCAGAGUUCUUCUCCACCAGGGAGCUCAAAAUUUUUGGAGAGGAAACCUCCAGUUGCUAUUGAAUCUGCUGAUGAAUCACAACCAAGGCCUUCCUGCUUGAUGUCAAAUUCAGAUGCAAACUAUGAGGUACAGAAGUCAGGAGCAGCUGAAACAUCAGAUAUUUCACCGUCAAGAGUCAUUGACCUAUUUACUGAUAGACAGGAAAACCACAUGAUAGUUGGUCAGGAAAAUGGUUUCCAUGCUAAUGAAGAAAUUGACCAUUCUGAAGACUUGGAAUGCCACCAGAUGGACUUUUCUACAUUUUUUCACCAGGAGGGCAAAGAAGAGAAACAUGCCCUCAGAAAUGGAGAGCUGUUCCAUUGUAUUUCAGAGAAUGAGAGUUCUCAUCAAUCUAAGAAAGACUUAGUUAGGUCAUCCUUUGCAGUCAGACAAAGUCGUAUACCAGUUUUAGCACAAGAAGUAGACUUGACGUCAGAGUCCACUUCUCCUGUUUCCGCAAAGGAAAAGCUUUUUCUAAAGAAGGCCCAUCAGACAGAUUUGGUCAGGCUACUUGUGGAAAAGAGACAGCUCAAGUCUUUCCUUGGUGACCUCUCAAGUGCCUCUGACAAGUCACUGGAGGAGAAAGUGGCUGCUGCUCCUGUACCAUUUUCAGAGGAUGAUGUCUUAUGCUCCUUUUCAAGAUUGACACUGGACUCUCAUUUGGGUAAACAAUCUGAGGAGGGCUCUUUGUCACCAAGUAGCUCUCAGUGCAGGAAGAGCAAGAUUCCAAGGCCAGUAUCCUGGGCUACAACUGAUCAAGUCACCAAUUCAACCUCAGCUCAAUUCUUUCCUCAUCCACCCCCAGGAAAACCACCAAUGAGGCCUGGGGUGGAAGCCAGAUUACGCAGGUACAGAGUUCUAGGGAGCAGCAAUUCAGAUUCAGACCUUAUAUCUCGUCUGGCUCAAAUCCUUCAGAAUGGAUCUCAAAAACCAAGGAGCUCCACCCAGUGUAAGAGUCCAGGAUCGCCACAUAGCCCAAAAACUCCUCCCAAAAGCCCUGUCAUCCCUCGACGCAGCCCCAGUGCCUCACCUAGAAGCUCUUCCUUACCCCGUACAGUUAGUUCUUCACCAUCCCGGGCUGGACGGCCCCACCAUGAUCAGAAGAAUUCAUCGCCACACCUUGGAAGGAGUAAAUCACCUCCUAGCCAUUCAGGCUCCUCAUCUUCUAGGAGGUCCUGCCAGCAAGAGCACUUCUGCAGCAAACCAAGCAAGAAUGGUCUGAAAGGUUCCAACAGCUCCUGCCAUCAUUCCCCAAACACUAAAACCCCCACAGGAAAGAGCAAAUCGGCUAGUAAACUUAGCAGAUAGGAACUGAGACUUGACAGGUGUAAAACCCUUCUUCUAAUCUGAUGCAUGUUGUGUCUGUGUCCUGUAUAUUUAAACAAAAACAAGCCCCCCCAAAAAAUCAGUGUUGAAUCCUCACUUUCAAAAGAAAGCAAACAUAAUAAAUUAUAUGACAAGUCCAUAGUGUGUAAAUGAGUUGCUAGGCAUUGCCUAAUGAUAGGCAGCAAGCAGAUCAGGGAGGGCGGUGAAGCCAGAGCAGGACAGUUAAAGAUGUGUGGAACAUUUGAAGGUGAAACUGAGUGUUCUAAUAGGAAUUUUAAUGUAGUUGUAUUUUAUCUUGUUUACUUAGGCUUUAAAUUAUUAGGCCAAAUCUUCUUUCUCAAAGAAUAUGUAAUAGAACCUGAAAAAUCUGUUUUUAUUUCCACAAUGACGCUUCGACCUCCGAGAUAAGUACUGUACUUCUCAAGCUGUUUUUUUUUUAGUAGAAGUUUAAAUAAGCACAUUAUUUGAAAGAUGACUUUUUAAAUUUGAGUCAUUUCAGUGUCAGGCUGUGCACAUCUCUUUCUGAGUCAUUCAGUUUCCAUCUCAUUCUUUGAGAUGAAACUCCUAAGGUACAGUUUCCCCUAUCUAAGAAAAAUUACACACUUCACCUCUUCUAUAUACUGAUUACAUUUUAAAAAUGUUUAACAUUUUCUGAGUUUUUAUAGUGAUAUUUUGCAGGGCAUUUGUCUUUUGUUAUUUAGUAUCCAAGAACCUUUAAACAACAAUAAUGUUGUUGUUUUUUUCCCUUCUGGAGCCAUGGUUUUCCUCUCCAGGACUGUAUUAAAUAUAUUCUGGAGACAGUCAUUUAAGUCUGAGUUGCAGGAAAAGAAAGGUAGAGUCUUCAGCACGGAGGACUUAACCAUAUACCAUUGUGUGUAUUUGAUCAGAAGUAUAUAAAUUGUUUGUCUGAAUGACUGAGUGCAAAAGAGAAACUUUGUUACAACAAUCAUUUUCCCAUUAGCUAUGACCCACUUAAGCCCAUAUUAACCUUAUUCACGAUGUUGCUGUCUUGACACUAAACCCAAGAUGGCAAUGCUGAGAAGGAGCAGAUUCAGUUUUUACCUUGAAAUUUAGCCUAAAUCUAGAAGAUGAACUAUGUAUUUGUUUCAUGCUGAAAGGGGAGUGCAUAACCUCUACACUUGAUAAGUUAUAGACAAGAGGAAUAAAGGCCUUCACUUCCUCUUCCUAGAGAAUCUUAAUGAGACAAUUUGGCAAUGUAACUGGAAGGAAAACAAAUCUCAGAAACUUCUCUGAAGUGGACAGUGGAUCAGAAUAAUCUAAAACAUGGAAGUACAGAUCUGAGAGGGCUACACUAGCAUUCCUAAUGCUACCUGUCCUAACGAUGCCGGAUGAGUGGGAGCGUUGUCAAUUACUGAUCUGCUUGCUGUAGUCAUAUGCCUUUGUAGCCAAUAUCUGUGCUUUUUAUAUUUAACCUGUUUGUUGCCAAACUUGUACCUUUGGACUGAAAAGGAAAUAUUUCCCCUCUAACAUAUUUCUAAAGCUGCAUCACAGCUAUCCUGGAGCUGCACUGAAUUUUACUUGUUCUGUCAAAGUGUAUUGGGAUUUUCUUUUCCCUCCUGUGCAUACUGUUUUCCAUAUGUAAUGUAGCACAGUGUGGAACCUUAGUGGAACUCAGGGUUUCAAGCACUGCAGAGGAAUGCAAUAGGUAGGGCAUACCUACUGUUUCUGAAGAAAUUAUACCAUUGGAGAGGCCUAUUCCUUUGUAUUAUAUUGUAUAAUAGGUGCUAUAUUAAUAAUUGCAUGUCCUCAUGGUAAAUUAUAUAAUAUAAAUAUUUAUAAAUAUAUAUAUAUAUACACACACACAUAUGCUUAUAUACACUUAUUCUUUCUCAUUUUUCAUUUGGAAUUUAUAGACCACAGAUGGUGCAGUUCUUUUUCUAUUGUGUGCCUGAAUACUCUUAGCGUUGCAUCUCUCUUUUCCUGAAAAUAGUUUCCUGGCAUCCACCAAGUCAAAUAGCCUUCAUGCCUCAGUACAAGGUUGAAGGGUUGGUGAUUUGUCAGCAAGUCAGUGUUUUGUGUCUCAGCCUUUUCUUUUUAUUUAUAAUUGUGUGUGUGUGUGUAUGUGUGUGUUUGCGUGUGAAACAGGAACACAGACUCAGAGGUACUGUAUCUUUGAUUGCAAGAUAGGAUUUGUAAUUAUUGUUUUUUCAUUUUUCAUGUGCAUUUUUAAGCUGCACCACGAUACAAGAGCAGUGACAGUUAAUGAAUGCCUAAUAUAUGACUAUGACAAAAACAAAACAAACCCCAUCGUUUUCUUUUUGAUUUCCUUACCUGUCACCUUGCAGUGCUCACUAAAGAGAGUUGAAUGUCAUUGUAGAUAUUUUUUCUAAAGGUUCUGCUGAUACGGUUUCUUAAGACUGUGUGGCAGCUUAUGAUAAUUUUUCAUUCUCAAUUUUCUGAGGAGUAUUCACUAUACCAGUCCUAUACCAGUGAGGACUGGGAGAGGGGGUGGUGGGUGGCAUUAACUUCAGUGAGGGCAAGUUUGGGCUCUGUGCCUUUCCCCUGAAAUACUAAAAUUAAGGUAAUUGCAUUUUCUCCCUGAUAUAGCAGGAUCCCAAACCAGAUAAUCACUGCUGUUAUAACUAUAGGUUGUUUUACAGAUGAGGGGAGACCUGAAACUUGAGAUGUUUUCUUUCUCUUUGCCAGAGAUUAAAAUAUACCAAUAUUAUUGUGCAAUAUUACAUAAUUGUGAAUAUAACGGAGAACAUUAAUGUUGUAGAAAUACAUUACUAUUUGCACUUCUUGACAAUAAAAAGAGAGGGACUACAUAAGAAUGGAGGAAAGAUCAAAGCAGAGGAUGAUGCUUUUGGCAUUUUGAGUACUAUGCAUAGUAAAAGAACUUUAUGUCCCGGGUGGUGGCUCAUUGCAGAUUUCUGAGACAAAUGGUUUUGUAGCUGAUUAGAAAAAUACUGAGUUGCUAAUGGAAGCAACUUUAAUUUAUGGAUCAGUCAAGAAUAUAGCCUCUCUUGUACUGUUCUCCCUGUUUAAGUUUGUUGGUUAUGUAACUUCUCUCCCAUGAAGGUAACAAAAUUGAGUAUUAUGAACUAAGCUAUGAGCAAAUGUAGUUAUAUAGUAAGUCCUGUGUAAUUGCCAUCCUUGUAACAUUUCUAGAAGAGCCUCUGUAAUCAUCAGUGACCAUGUAAAGAAUAAAUCCCAGCAGUGAAAAUAUAUAAAUUAUAUACAUUUAAUUCCAGUAAUGCUAAAAGCCAAAGGCUGCUGUGUAAAGUCUAAGUAAAUGGCUUUGUGCGGGGAACCAAUGCUUAGGAAAGGGAGAAUCUUCCCCAGGGCCCAGAGCAGCUGCAGCCAUUCUGCACAGGUUUCAGUAGCUUCCUCUUACACAAAGGUUAGUUCAUGAACCCAUUAUACUCUCCUCCAAUCCAUAUCUCCAUUUUUGGGGAGAGAACUGCUAUGCAGCCAAGACAUACAGAACUUUCAGAUUUGUCCUGCAUAGUUCCUCUUCAGUACCACGCAUGUGUUCUGAAACUGGCAGUUCCACUGUUUCAUGGGUCUUUUGUGGCCAAGUAGGAGGUGUUGGGGAAGGAGCAGAAUUUUCCCCUUUUAUGACUGCUACGCCCUCUAGAGCAUUUUUGCACAGAUGUCAGUAUGACUCCCUUAAUGUAUUAAAUGAAAUAAAAGCAAGCAUUUGAUAUCGUGCUUAGUUGGUAGUUUUUAAAAGUGGGUAUUAGUAUUAGCAAAACCUUUCCAAGGUACACCGACAACUUGUUUGAUCAAUUAUAAGAAAAAACCUGUCUCAACUUAAUGAGAGACAUGCCAGAGUUGGCAGACAGAAGGAUGCUAAGUGUAUAUCUGCCACUAGAACAGAGCAGGUGCCUCAGAAUAGGCAUAGGUAACAUGCUGCUAAUUGUGCUGUGCUACUGCUCUAAAAAAGGAGCCAUACUUUGCCCCAGUUAUCACUACAUGUUAGCUGUCUGGGUGAGUGUCUUGGUGCAGGACAUUCCCUGUAGCCAGCAACUAUAUCCUUUCUGGGAAAAUCCUUUCUUGAUAUUUGCAUGGGUGAGAAACAAGCUCCCUAUGCCCUGACCUCACAGAAUACUCAUGAAGCACAGGGCUAUAUCUUGUCCUAUAUGUUUAAAAGUGGGCUGAUGGUCUUUUCAUCUUUUAAGACCUGUAUUCUGAGAUCUCCAUUCUAUGCAUUUCUGGGGCAUUGUGAUCAAUUAUAGCAAGGGAAACACUGAACUUGGUCUUUUAAAAGUAGUUACAUUCACCACCUAUUUUUUCAAUAAAAGUGUGUGGGAACUACCUUAACUAUCGCCUCCUCUUUGUUAAAAUUCAGCUCUGCCAGAACUAACAGAGGCCUACUGUCCUUUCUUUUAGUUUUACCUCCUUCUUGAACUACCCACACUUAUCUGGCCUAAUUGCAACCCCAGCCCUGCUCCUCCCCCCAAUCAUACAGUGCUAACUUGGGCAAAAUGCCCAUGCUCCUUAUACAGCAUUUGUGACAGUGGCUGAACUGUAAUGUACUAUAAACCUAAUUCUUUCUCCCUCCCUAAAGCAGAACUUAGGCAAUGCUUGAUUUACACUACAGUCUCCUCUCAGCAGGCAACCUUUUCCAUAAUAAAUUGUACAUUUUCCCCAGAACUGUAAGGACAUGAAUUCUGGUAGUGGCAUCAACAUGAGAAUGAAGCACUGCCAAAAGGUAAUUGUUUCAGUCUCUUUAACAGUGAAUUAGUGGCAAAGAACUAAUGCAUGCCUCCCAAUACUAUUUGAUAUAAUAUUUUUUUGUUUCAUUUAAAUAUUUUUGCAUAUUUCAUUUCAAUGACAUAAACGAAUAGGAGGAAUGUGUAAUUGGAAUCACAAUCCAAUUAUUUCUAGUACUCUGGUAUAAAGUAACAAUUUGUUUUCUUAUGGGCUUGAUCCUGUGGAGUGCUGAAUGCCCUCAACUCCUGUUGACCACUGUUGAAGAUGAGGAUGCUCAGCAACUUGCAAGAUUAGUCUCAUAAUGUAAACACUGUCAUUCCAACUGUCAGUUAGUUCAUCUGUGUUUCCAUUAUACCACAGUCAGGGGACCUGGUUACUGUAUUGAAAAAGAUGUACUACCUAACCAUGUCCCCUGUGUUUGCCUGUUAAAAAUUAUGAAAGGCCCUUGCUAUUACUGGAGCAUUUAGUCUAAUGCCCUUUCAUAUAUCUCUUUGGGGAAAAUACAAGGAAACCAGACAGUGAACAAAUGAAUCUUAAGAAAUACAGACAAGUCACCACAGUACACAUAAGUUCACAAUCUGUAUGUUACUGGCCUCCUACCUGACCUCCCUUCCCCUGAAACACAAACAUACAAAUAUCUUUGGAAAAAAUAAAUUAAAUAAAGGGGAGACUGGAUUGUGUAAUCUCUCAUACUACCUAGUUUUACCCUACCAUGCCAUCUAAGGCAGAGGAGAUGGUAUAAUUACAGUCACAGCAGGCUCUGUAAUAUUAUGCUUUAAAUCAUCAGGUUUAUUUUAAUAUUGAGCCAGAGGUCUCUUUAAGACAAAAAUAUAUAGACGCUUAUUAUCUCUAGGUCCUGUUUGUUAUCUUAGUGGCUACUCCAUUAAUUAAUGUUUUAAUUUAUAUUUCACCUUCAUUCCAUUCAUCCUUAGUAGUAGUGAUUCUUUAAGAAUGACAAGUCUCUAGUACUUUCAAUCUUUCCUGUAUAGAAUAUACUGUUUUUUGUUAGCCAUUCACUUUCCAAGAUGCUCAGCAUCCGUGCCAGCUAAUCAUGGAAAUGACUUUCUCCCUUUGCAAAAAUUGUUCAUUGAGGAGAAAAUUAUAUUCAGAAAUAAAUAUGUGGCUGAUGCAUAAAGAUAGUACAAGAGUGUGAUUUUAACUGCAAGCUCAGAUAUUGACUUGAACUUUUUCAAAGAUGCAUGGUAUCUGAAGCCUCUGUGUUGGUUCAGAGUCCAUCUCUCAUUAAUGCUAGACACUGUGCAAUGCAAAACUUGAGCUUGAAUAUAACAAAGGCUUUUACUGAAAUGCUGAAAUAAAGAAACCCUGCAUAUAUACAAAUGAAUAUAUGUUGAUUCAGAUGUUUUGCUUCUUAGGCCUUCAGCAAUAUCCUUAUCCAGUGCAAAUGUUGGCUUAUAUGAUCUAUAAGUUUUGCUGUUUACUAAUUCCAUUCCUCCUGCAUAUGGAUAAUUUGGAUCCUGGGCUGGUCUAGCCAUUCUCGUGGAAAUGAAACUCUCAUUGAAGUCAGUGGAGCUUUUGCCAGUAUAUGAACUGAAGGAAUGGGCACACUACACUGUGAGAAUAUUUACAGUUGCUGGUUAUUUUAUUUGGGAAAAUGAAUAUCUGUUUCGUGACCACAGUGCAGACCUAUGCCCCCUCCUUAGUUUAUUUUAGCAAUUAUUGUGGUGGGGAGCCAUUCUGUGACCGGGGCGGAGAGCACAUGGACUCUAAAGCAAUAUCAUAAGCAGGCUGCCCAUAAGAGGUGUUCACCACUCAAAAGUCUCAAAAGGAAUUUAACUACCUCCAAUGGGAGAUGUAGGUGUUAAGAGUCCUUUCAGAAUCAGUUCAUCUGUCAACUGACCAGUGUAUGGGGUGCUCUAACAGCAGGACAAUUUGCACUUACCUCCAAAAAUACAAUGUGGAUGAGCCUGUCUUCCCAUGUCUGGAGAGUGGGAGUCCUUUUUGAUUCUCAUAAACCCCUAUGUAUGCAUGGCAGAGCAAGGUCAUAAUUUGACAUUGGGAAAGUCAGGUUUUUUUUUUUGGUUUUUUUUUAAAGCUAUGUCAUACCCUCUGUUCCUCUAUCUGCUUGACAAAAUCCCAAUAAGAAGUUACUUGGAGACUUUCCCUGCAUUCAUACUACCUUCCCUGGCCCGAGAGCAAGGUUCUAAAGUCUUCCUGACUUCUGAUUUUUCUCUUGAAUCAGCUCAGAUACAAGCUGUUAUGUUGGCGUGGGCGGCAACUGAUUUUCAACUGUUUUCCUACAAGUAUCCAGUACGAUAAAUUAAGGAAAUCACCAGCAAUGCGUAGAGAUUAGUGAACUGCUGAAUCUGUGAAUCAUUAGUUGCUACUGUAAAAUCUCUGGGCAAUAAAAGAAAUAAAUGAAAUUCUGUAAAUCAGCUACAGACAGAAUGUUCCAUGAAGCCAAUAAGAUAUUUAACAACUCAAGAUUAAAAUAUAUGAUAUAAUUGUUGUUCCCAGAUCUUAUUAGUGACCAUUGUAAAAGGUAAUUGUUGAGAGUCCUCCAAACUCUCUUGCCCUGUACUUUCCCUUUGUCUCCUCUCCCUGAAAUCUUGUAAGCCAUUUUUGUUUUCUUUUUGCUCAGGCAUCAAAGAACAUAAGAUUUCAGCAAAAGAACUAAUGCCCUUGUAACAGUUGUUUGUAUAUAAAGGUGUAAUUAUUUAUUUGUUUUCCCAUUUGUACCAUAUCAAGGCUUUGUACAAUGUUUUAUGUUCUGUUUUCAAAUUAUUUUGUAUUUUAUUUUUAUAAACUGGUUCUAAAUAAAAUACUCAUUCAGCAUGCAAAACUUCAAUCCUUGAAUGCCUACAUAUAAGUUUAUGGUUUAUAAAACUCAGCCAAUUAUUUUUAUAGCCUAUUUCUUGACUCUUAAAACUCUGAACUUACAAAUGGAGAGAAGCAGCAUCAAUUGUAUUAUGACAUAAUUGUUUCUUUUGAAUAUGUAGAACAUACACAGUGGAAAUUUGUUGGUAUUAAAGCAAGUAACUGAGAUGUUGAUGUUGCAAACUGGAAAGGUUGGACCCAAAAGCUCGUACUGAUUCACUAUUACAGUAGUAAGAAUAGACAUUUUAGCUUUGCUGUUUCUAACCUCGCUCCCUCCAUAUAACCAAGCAAUGACUCUGGUACAGGUCAGGUUCAGUGUAGUAAAAAUCUGGCAGAUACCAAAUCUGUCAUUCUGGCCUUGUUUACACUAGGAAACUAGAUCAGCAUAACUACGUCAUUCAGAGGUGUGAAAAAUCCAUUCUCCGAGGUGACAGAGUUAAAUUUACCUAACCCCCAGUGUUUACAGUGCUACUCAGUUGGAGAAUUCUUUAGUUGGGAUUGGUCCUGCUUUGGGCAGGAGGCUGGACUCAGUGACCUCCUGAGGUCUCUUCUAGCCCUGGGAUACUAUAAAUCUAUUAUUCUCAUGGAGGUGUCUUCACUGAAGCAUUAAAGCACUAGUGCAGAUGUCACUAAAGCAGUUUGUGUAGAUAUACCCUGAGAAACCAAUAGUCUCCUUUGUUACCUCCCCUCCAGUCACAAAGGUCUCUGUGGUCAGUGUCGUCUUAGAAUGAUGGCAAAUAUUCUUUAUAAGAUAGCUGUCAGGGAUGGUCCUGGCUUUUACUGGCCUUGCAGCUGCAUGAGGAAACCAGCCUUGUCUGUAUGCAAUGUAUCUGAGCUGCAGCACAUAGAAAAGUGAAAGAAAAAAGGCUGUUGUAGAAUUUGGACAAGUUGCAGUUACUUGUAUAUGCUACCAAGUUUUGUUAACAAAACUUUUGACACCCAGAAGUCUACAAACAAAAAUCACCAGAGGGUGUUCACACUUGCUUCCUCUGUUGACAAAUCAUGUCCACGCUGGGGAUGCCAUCAUUGACAGUGUUAGCACCGUGCAAUGUUGUGGAAAGGCAGAGCUGAUCCCUAUGCAUCUUGGGAUUCCUUUCAAGUUCUCCCAUAGCCUCCUCAGCUGCUGGGAGCGGCAUCAUGAGUAGCUUUGUGAGCUCACCAUGUGGAGGAAUGUCACUGCAGCAUAGUAAUCUCCUGCCACCUCCUCCCUGGAGCAGUGUUCCUAGUGCAGGGUAGAACAGGAACAUUCCAACAACUUACUGUUACCCAGAGCAGCACACUCCGCUGCCAGAUACUUUCUGGAACUCUGAAGGAGCAGGAGCAUAUGCUUGUAGGAUAGCAGAGUUCAAAACAAUGAGCAGAGCAAUCAGGGUAGGCAUUCUGGGAGACUGGCAGAAGCCAGAUCUGUCAACAAAACAAACAGUAGUGUCUACAUUGGCUCUUUGUCAACAAGAAAGGGAGGAGAAAAGAAAAAAAAGUUUCUCAUAAAGAUGGACAGUUUUGGUCACCGAAACUGGGCAUUUUUCCUUUACACAAAUUGCACUGCGGUAUGCAUACUCAUGCUGCUUUAUUGCCAAAAGCCGUUUUUGGCAACAAAACUUGGUAGUGUUGACCAGGCUUAAGUCACUUUUCAUAUAUUUCUGAUAAAGCAGGUACAUGUAGGCUAAAUCCCCUUCAAUGGUUAUAUCUGCAAGUAAACAUGCAUUUCUCAUUCCUGAUUUGCUACAGAAAAUAGUCUGGUCUGUAACAUGGCAACAUGGAAUAUUAGAGAUGAAGUCCACAACAGGGGAAAAUUCCAUCAGCUCUAUUUCAGCUCUAUCACCAACCACAUAUGCUAUGCCACUGCCAUGCUAGGUAUUGGCACCACAAAUAAAAGGGCCAGGCACUGACCCCUUUACAGUCAAUAGCAAUACUCUCAUUGGUUUCCACAGUAGCUGGAACAGGCCCUCACCUAUUUUCUUUUAUGCAAAUAAUCUCAAGUCUCUUCACACAAUAGAAGCAUAAAUCCUGAAUUCAUUUACAGUCAUAAAUCUCAGAAAAUGUCUUGGUUUAGAAGCAGGAAGGAAUUUGGUAAUAUACUUCAGUAGAGAGAGACUUCCUAUGCAGGUCUGUUGAAAGUCAGUAAUAUCAUGGAUGUUGCAUACCAGUAGAUCAGAUGAGCACAAUUCAGAUGUAUGAUGCUGGGGAUCGAAAUAGCAAUUCUGUACUGAAGCCAGGUAGCUCAGUGGGUUAAUUUACAGAGCUGUCACUGCUCAAAACUUGAUUGGAAUAUGAAUCAUAUCUCAAAUGAAAGGGUUUGAACUUUAUCUGGCCACAAUGAAUGUAAGUAAAUAAUUACUAGUGACUAGUGUCGUGUUCAUGAUUGCAUGGCGGGAGGGUCUUGUCCACCCACUGUUCUUAAAGUGUCUCAGGAAUUCCGCAGCACUUGACCUACAAAUAUUGGCCGCUUCUCAGUUGAAAAAAAUCCAACAUAGCAGACUCAAAUUUCAGUGUGAGAGAGAUGUGUAGUACAUGCAAGCUAGACUCUACCAAGCAAUGCUGCAAAAUAGCGAACAAUUGGCAAAAUAGCCUCAAAAGAUGCUGAACAGUUAAGAAGUGGGUGCUGUAGCCUGGACAAGUUGGGAGUCACUGCCCAGCAUGAUUAGGUGUUCUUUAGAGCACAUUUCUCUAAUCUUGCUGCAUGUUACUGAAGCAAUAAUCACUACUUGUCUUAACAGAAUAGAGGUAAAGGCUGCAUUUCAGUUAAAGCAAGGGUGGGGAACUUUUUUUGGGUCAGGGGCUGCUGACCCACAGAAAAGUUAGUCAGAGGCCACACAGUGAGAAACAAAGAAUAAAAACCCCUCCCUGACAUGUCCCCUGACUGAGAAGAAAGACACUUCCCUCGUUCCCCUUGCACACAAGAGCCUAGAAGAGCCCAGGUUUGGGGAUUUUGUGUACUCCAGCCCUGUCGGUAGUGGUGGGUGGGAGGCCAGAGCUCUGAGCUUUGGAGGCUGGAUACAGGCAAGUUCGGGGGCCACAUCCAGCCGCCAAGCCUUCGGUUCCCCACCCGAGGUAAAGGAAACACAACUUGAUGAAGCCUACAUGUCAAUGAGCAGGUUCUGCCUAUGUGAAUUCCCAUCACGUUAAUAUGUGCACAUCGAGCAAAUAGGAAUCCUAUGCUAUUCCCAAGCAAUAGGAAGCUUUUAACAUCAAAGCUUAGGACAAACUAAUUCUGGAUGGGUCAGUUUAAGGAAACCUGGUAGGUGAUUCAUAAGGUAGCUGUGCCUAUUACCUGCAGCAACUGGGUUUUUGAAGUAAAACUUCUCAGAAGCCAGACCAUCUUUUUGUAGAAGGCCCCUAGCCUGUAUUAACCUAUACUGAAGAUGUAUUGUAUAUUUGUGUUACAGUAUAAUCUUGCAUACUGUACACAGACUAGGAAAGUGAGGAAGAACACACACCAGCAAUAUUAUACUGCAGGUUUACUUUUAAUUAGGCAACAGCUGCCAGAUUAAAAAAUAUAUACACAGGUGCUGAAGUUAAUAUAAAGGAAAAUAAAAGGGAAUCUUUUCAUCAGCAGUAAAGGGAAACUAAUGAGUUGGAGAAAGUAACACAAUAGUUUCCAAAGGUGAUGACAAAAUAACCCUACUUUUGCAUUUGUGCUGGUAGGUCUAAUACAGAUGGAACACCUCAGAGCUCUGAAGUCUGAACUACUUAAACCAUGGCACCCGCAGGUAGCGUAUCUUUGUGCUGGUGUUGGGUAAUAGUCCAUCCUUGUCUCAACCAUUGGUUUGUUUCUUUCUGCUGCAGGAAGUAAACUGUCACUAAUAACUGCUGUGGGGGGUAAUGGAUUAAAGGCCACCCCCCCAAUACAAUACUAAAUGGGAAAAAAGUCUGUGGGAGUAUUUAGUUUUAAUACUGUCCGAGAUUCCUUUCAGCCAUCUGGAUAACUUGUUUCAGAUUUGUUUUUCAGCCAUACCUGAAGAGCAGCCAACUAGAAUAACAGAGCUCUCUCAACAUGAUCAAACCCUCUUCUAUACAGGCAGUCCAAAUGUGGGGACUCGGUGCAGGCUAUGUGACUGAAAUUUGCUCACUUUGGGGUAGCAGUUUCAGUCUCCAAUAAGGGGAUCUUAUUUUGGGACCCCGAUGAAAAAUUCUUGCACUACUCCCUAAUGCUGGCAGCUGUUGAUGUCCCCUCAGCUUUAUUGAAAUUUAAAACAAAGGGCUUCAUUAUUUCCUCAGAAUUAACAAAAAAGGUACUUCCUAAAAGCACAGUACUAUGGUCACAACUGACUGUAAAAAUGACAUCUUACUUAACAGAUCCAUACCCUUUCUCAGCUAGGAAAGGAGCUGAACUCUGUGGGUAUGUGGAUAAAGCAAUCAUAUGUACUAGUCACAAUUAAUUUAAGAAGAGCUGUUAAAUAGCAAUAGUUUUCACUAUUUUGAUACUCAAAUGAAAUGCAUUGUCAUCUAUAGAAAUUAAUGUAAAAACCAGGCUUUUGUUCUAUCAGGAUAAGUAAUGGUUCUCCUUGGCUCUUAUUCGUGCCACCGCUGACAUUUAGGAAUUGUUUUUUCCCAGACUCUCCUUGUUUCCAUCCUCUUUUUUACCUCCAGACAUAGUACGGAACUAUCUUUCUCUUCAAUGUGCCUAGCACAAUGUGGUCCUGAUCAAUGAGUAGGGCUCUUAAGUGCUAUGAUAUAAAUAAUAAGGGAAUGGAAGGUCUUCUACCACUUCUGUCCAAACAGAGGCCCAGCAACUGGAACUCUUUCAAGAGCAAAGAAAGAGCACUUGUUCUGCCCCAACCGAAGUCAAACUCUUAACUGGCAUAUUCUGAGCAGCAAGUUUACUGUCAGUUCUGGGCAAUGGGUUUUUUUCAGAUGGUAUGAUAUUUGUCCCCAGAAAGCAUGCUGUAUCUGCUGAAGACAGAACCUGGUGCUAAGAUAGACCAGUUCCAUAUUGAAAGUAGACAUCAGAAAUAUUGUUUUGCUAAGUUUGUUUUUCUUUUUAAAUGAUGACAAGUAACCUCCACUUUCAUUGCAGUUAAGCAAAAUGCUUCUGCAGGGAAGGUGCAUCUGAAGAGCUGAAAGUGACCAGUGACCAGAUGGAACAAUGCUGGAUUAAAUCUGAGCAGCACACUCAUGGAUCAGCAGCUCUGCGGCCUAGUUCUAUUCAAUCCCUGAGGACGUAACGUUGUCAAACCCUUGGGGUACCUUGCACAGCUCAGAUUUUUUACAAGGGCUUUUUAAAAAUACAAUAAAAAUAGCAGACACUAAAUUUAAAGUCAACUAUUUUUGCAGUUGAAUUUAAAAACACUCAACUUGUGUAACUAGCAGAUUCUGCUCCUGCUAUUAAAUAAUUGUAACUUUACCUUUGCACCCCACUCCAUCAUGCGUUUUAUAUUCAAAACGUCACUAACUCAAAGAGGAUACACACAAGAGUCUUAGUCAAAAUAAAUUUGAUUUUUUGGAACGAGGAUAAGGAAGAAAACAGAAGAGACACAUUAACCAACUGCAAACAGUUGGUGUUAACAAAUGGGAGAUUGGUAGUGUUAAAUGCCACCUAAUGUAAAACUUUCCCCACUGGGGAAAAAAAAAAAAAAGCCGGAGGCAAGUCCAGUUGGCUCCAUUAUAGUCACAGGCUGGAGCAGACAUAACAGCACCUCUAAUAUCAGUCAUUUUACAUAUAUUCAAGUUUUACACAUCUGCAAAACAGAAAUAGUAGCAGCCAUUUGGAUGUUCUUUCUUAAUGGUUCUCAGGGGUGGUCUAGGAAAUUCUGAAGGGCCUGGUUCUUGAGACAUAGAACUAGAACUACAGCUGCUGCUUCUGCUGCUGCUUCCAGCCAUCUGUACUCUGCCUCUGUCUUCAGCUGGGGAGAUCUGGGGAGACCCAGGACUCAGAUACCCUGCAGUGGUCUGAGUAGAAGUGGUGGCAUAGGUGGUUGGGCCUGUGUUGUUUUUCACAUAAACAUUUUUGAUAGCCACCAGUGUGUGUGCCAUAAUACUGAGGCUGUUGCUGAGAUCUUGCAUGCCUUGCUGCAGCAAACGAAGGUUGUGAUUGACACUGUCAAAGCCAGAUUGGAUCACUUGCAUCUGGUUCUGCUGAAUCUGUAUUAAAUCCUCUUCAGUAAUUUCAUUUUGGUCUGCCUGUGACCGGCCUUUUGUUUUGGCUUUUACUUUCCCAGACAAGCCACCCCCAGCUGUUCCCAGAAAGGGCAAGUGCUCCUGGCUAGGUGGAACCACAGCCAUGUCCUCAGAACUUUCUUCUGGCUCCACUACCUUCACUACUAUUUCUUCUUUUAAGUUCAUCUUCUCAAGACAGGGUUGAUGGGAUGGGCCAGGAUCAUCUGUAAACCCUAAAAGGGCAUAGAGGAGAAAUGGAAAUAGGAGUCAGACUUCAUCAUCUCUGUGCUUAAUCAAACCUCUGCCUACCCCGUGAGUACAACUGGCUUUUUUAUGUGGUAGUUAAUUCUUCUGAUGUCAAGACCCUACAAUGAGGAGUUGUACUGUAUUAUCUCCUACACUCAUAGCACGCUUUGAAAUAAUCAAAACAUGCUUACUGUAAAUGACAUAACUCAGCAAUGCAAAUCUUUGUCACCACAACAGCAGGGACUGACUGCCGAUUGCUCAGAAUCGACUCUAGUACUCCACCAGAAUGAAAUGAGUAAGGAGAGUUGAUGGGAGAAACCCAGCACGGUGUGGACCCUAAGGUAGGGAGAUUUAAGAUACGCUGACCUGAGUUAUGCUACUAAUGCAACUCAAACUGUGUAGCUUAGAUCAACUUGAACCUGUACUGUAGACCUGCCCUCCCAUUGAAAUCACUUACUCCCCAACAGAUCAGUCAAAAGCAUGUGAUACAGAACAGACUAAAUUCAUUCCAAGCUCUUAUUUUCCUCUCUCCAAGUUUAGCACAAUAAACCCAGUAUUUGCAAAGCAGACCCACAGUGGCACCCUCUCUGAAUCACUCCUCCUUGUCAGAAGUCUCCAAUUGUGGGAAGAUCAACACUGCAGCAGUUGAUCUUCUGGUGUAUGAUUUAGUGAGUCUAGUAAAAGACCUGCUAAAUCAAUUGCUCAGGGUGCCCCUGUCAGUGCCAGUAUUCCUACUCCAUAUGAGGACUAAGGAAAGUAGAUAGAAGUGUUCUAUCGACUUCCCGCUGUGAGGAUGGCGCCAAAACACAGCUUAAAGUACACCGACUCCAGCUACAUUUUGUUAUGUAGCUGGAAUUGCAUAGCUUAAGCUAGAGGUGGGGA